CAUAUAAAUAUAUACACACACACUGAGCUUGUAGAGAGAGAGAGAGAGAGACUGUGUGUGUCUACCAAGUAUUAAAAACCCCAUGGAUUUCCUCUUCUCAUUUUUCUUGGUUUUCUGUCUCCUUUCAACCCUAGUUUUUAUUUUUCUCAGAAAGUCUAGGUGCCGGAGGCUGAGGCUGCCUCCGGGGAACCUAGGGUUACCAUUUAUAGGGGAGACUCUGCAGCUUAUCUCAGCCUACAAGACUGAGAACCCGGAACCGUUCAUCGACGAGCGCGUGAACCGGUUCGGACCCUUGUUCACAACUCACGUGUUCGGAGAGCCGACCGUGUUCUCCACCGACCCGGAGACCAAUCGUUUCAUCUUGCAGAACGAAGGGAAGCUGUUCGAGUGCAGCUACCCGGGCUCCAUAACCAACCUUAUGGGGAAGCACUCUUUGCUGCUGAUGAAGGGCAGCCUCCAUAAACGGAUGCAUUCUCUGACCAUGAGCUUUGCAAACUCUUCGAUCAUUAGGGACCACCUUUUGGACGACAUAGACCGGUUGAUCCGGCUCAACAUGGAUUCCUGGGCCGACCGGAUCUUUCUCAUGGAGGAGGCCAAAAAGAUAACUUUUGAACUAGCAGUGAAGCAACUCAUGAGCUUUGAUCCAAAUGAAUGGACCGAGAGUCUAAGAAAGGAGUACGUCCUACUAAUCGAAGGCUUCUUCUCCGUUCCUUUGCCUCUAGUUUCCACCACCUACCGCCGGGCCAUUACCGCUAGGACAAAGGUGGCGGAAGCGUUGAGCUUGAUAGUGAGGCAGAGGAGGGAGGAGAGCGAAGCCGGGAAGAGAAAAGAGGACAUGUUAGGCGCACUUUUGGGCGGAGACACCGCAUUCUCAGAUGAGGAGAUUGUGGAUUUCUUGCUUGCUUUGCUGGUGGCUGGCUACGAAACCACUUCAACAAUCAUGACACUUGCCGUCAAGUUCUUAACGGAGACACCUCUGGCCCAUGCUCAACUCAAGGAAGAACAUGAGCAAAUUAGGGCGAAAAAGAAGUCGUCAGAGCCUCUAGAAUGGAGUGAUUAUAAGGCAAUGCCAUUCACUCAAUGUGUUGUCAACGAGACCUUGCGAGUUGCAAACAUAAUUAGCGGGGUAUUUAGGCGGGCAAUGACGGACGUUCACAUUAAGGGAUACACAAUCCCCAAAGGAUGGAAGGCAUUUGCAUCGUUUCGUGCCGUACAUCUAGACCAAGAUCAUUUCAAGGACGCUCGAACUUUUAAUCCAUGGAGGUGGCAGAACAAAUCUGGACCGACGACAAGCCCAUCAAAUGUGUUCACACCAUUUGGAGGAGGGCCAAGGUUCUGCCCCGGCUCUGAGCUUGCUAGAGUAGAAAUCUCCGUCUUCCUUCAUCACUUGGUCACUCGUUUCAGUUGGGUUCCUGCCGAGGAAGAUAAGCUGGUGUUUUUUCCGACGACGAGGACACAGAAGAGGUACCCGAUCAAUGUGCAGCGGAGGAACAAUGUGUCAUAUGGGCAAUGUAAAGAGUAAAGUAGUAGUAGAGCUGUAAGAACCUUUGAUCUCCAACCCAAUAAAAUUUAUUUAAUUAAUUAA